AGGCACCAAUAACACUGGGUGGGAUAUUCUGUCUGUUCCCCCCUCACCCUACCCAGGCUCUCUGCUUAGCCUGGCUCUUUCCUUCCCCUGCCUUGCUUUCCUUUGCCCCACCGUCCCCAGACCCCUCUCUGCAAUGCUGCCGCAUUGGCAGCUCCAAAUUCUGCCACACCUGAAAAUCUUUCUUCAUUUUUGUUAAAUCUUCAAGAAGACCAACCUGAGGAUUAUACAAAUCAGACAACAAGAGUGGAAAUGGAAUAAUUCAAUUGACUUGGACACUUUUUACAGAUACGUGGAUGCUGAUUGGAUUCCUACUGAAGCUGUGAUUGUCCAUUCACUUCUGCAUGAGGAGGCUUUGCCCCCAACUCAAAGGACUAUAACUGAAAUUGUCUGCAUAUCACCAUGGCUGAAGGAGCCUCCUCCGCAGCCGGUGGGUCCAAUGCAGCAGCUGCAGCACAGCCGAGCUCGCUCAAGUCCGCAGGUCUGGGGUUCCUCAGGAAGCUCAAAGUGUCUGCAGAGCUGCUGAUUGCCCUGGCUGCUCUCCUGUCCUGGCUGGUGGUGGGAGUGGUGAUGUUUGACUUUGUGGAGUACAAGGCCGUCCCCGACAUUCAGCAAAUUGUUACCGACCCCGUGCAAGCUGUGAACGACGCUGUUGAUGAAGUAUCCAGUCUGUUCAAUAAGUUUCAAGAAUGUGCACCUGAUUUAAGUGACCCCAUGUCCGUUGCCACCUACGCAGCAGAGGAAAUAUCGGAAGCAAAAGAUGGAGUUGUUCGAUAUUUUUCAGAUGAGGAAGGGAACUUCUACCUCAGCUAUGUGGACCCUGUGGUCAUUGGGAGACAAGCUUUCCAUUCAACGAAUGACUUCAUGGGUGGAGUUGUGGGCACCUUCAGGGACAGACUGUGUGCUAUAGUGGACACUGUAUUGGACACUAUAUCGGGUAUAAAUAAAGGAAAAGUUGACCUUAGCUACAUAGACCCUGUGGUCAUAGGCAGAAAUGUCUUCAGUGUUACAAAUGAGUACAUGUGUGGAGUGGGGCGCUACAUCCAGGGUGUGCUUUGUGCCAUUUUGGACACAUUUCUGGAUGUAGUGAAAGGAGCUGUGGAUAUCAGCUACAUGGACCCUGUGGUAGUUGGCAGAAGUGCCUUCAGUACCACUAAUGAGUAUGUCAAUGGAAUAGUGGGCUCCAUCCGGGACGUGCUCUGUGGCAUCAUAGACAGUAUACUGGAAAUAACCAAAGGAACCACUGACAUUAGCUUCAUUGACCCUGCGGUUGUUGGCAGAAAUGCCUUCAGUACUAUUAACGACUUUGUGAGUGGGAUAGCAGGAUACAUCCAGAAUGUUUUCUGUACCAUCUUUGAUGUAAUACUGGACACAAUAAAAGAUAUCCAGAACGCUGUGGGAUUCAGCCCUAUGUCAGCUCUGAAGAGAACAGCAGAAAUCACCACAGAACAGAUUAACAUGCUCGUGAGCUACAUCUCCACAACGCUGACUGGUGACCAAGGGAUCUUACCUGAAGUGUCCAUUGACCCCAUGAAAGUUGUGGAAGACGCUGUGUUGGAGUUCACAGACAAGAAAGAUUUGUUCGUGGCCUACAUGUCCAGUAUGCUUGUUGGUGAACAAGGUGAACCUGUUGCUCCUCCAGUUGUAAAUGUUGUAACUGAAAAAGAUGAAACUGUAGCUCCCCCAGCUGAUAUACCUCUGGUACGAAGGAAAGGUGAAUUUCUGCCACCAUUUGAAAAAGUUGCAGAGAUCAUGCAAGCUGCCAGAGAUGAAGCUGCUGCUGCUGCAGCACAGUUAAAGACUGAGGAGGAGGAGGAGGCCGAAGUUCCUAUUGAAGCCACCAGUGAAGAAGAUGUGACAGAGGCAGAGGAUGAUGAUGUGAAACAUGUUGACGCCGAGGAGGCUGAACGUGAGCCAUCACUGGAAGAUGAAGAAAAGGAGACUGAUACUGAGGAAGAGGAAAUUAAAACAGAGGAGGGUACAGCACACCAGGAGGAGGAGGUAAAAGAAGAUAAGAAAAGCGUUGGUACAGAAGAGGAGGAGGAAUUAAAACAAAAUGAUGACGAAGAAGAACAGGAAGAGGGAGAUAUUAAACCAGAUACUGAAGAAGAGGAGACCAAAGCUGAAGAAGUUUUGGUUGAAAGGGACGAGGAGGAAACAACAACAGAAGAAGAUGCUGUAAAAGAGAAGGAGGAGGAAGGGGAGGCCACAAUGGAAGAUUUGGUAGAGGAGGAGGAGGAGACCAAAGCUGAAGAAGCGUUGGUGGAAGAUGGGGAGGAAGAGGAGGAGACAAAAACUGAAGGGGACACAGUAGAAGAUGCUGAUGAGGAGGAGGAGGAGGAGGAGGAGGAGACAAAAACUGAAGGGGACACAGUAGAAGAUGAGGAGGAGGAGGAGGAGGAGGAGGAGACAAAAACUGAAGGGGACACAGUAGAAGAUGAUGAUGAUGAGGAGGAGACUAAAACUGAAGGGGACGCAGUAGCAGAUGAGGAGGAGGAGGAGGAGACAAAAACUGAAGAAGAAGAAGCAGUAGAAGAGGAGGAGGAGGAGACAAAAUCAGAACUUGUGGUGGAAGAGGAAGAGGAGGAGAUCCAAACUGAAGAAGAUUUGGUGGGAGCUAAGGAGGAGGAAGAGGAGGAGCCAAAAACUGAACAAGUUCUGGUAGAAGAUAAAGAGGAGGACACAAAAACAGAAGAAGAGGCUGAGGAGGAGGAGACUGAAGAUGAAGAUCUUCAUGUUGAUGAAGAAAACAUUGGAAUAACUGACACUGAUGUCAAAGACCAGUUUGUUAAAACCGACCAGGACGAUCAAACUUUAGAUCUGGACGAUGAUGAGACUCCAGAAGAGGAGGACGAAGGAGAAAAACGGGACAAAGUUGAGACGACAGAGGUGGAUGAUGAUGAUGACAAUGAAGAUGAAGAGCCACCUGUCCAACAACUUGAUGUAAAAAUUCUGUCAGCUGAAAAACCUGAUAAUGCCAGUGUAGUGCCUGAACCUGACGAUGAGGAAGACGAAGAAACAAGUAUUCCCGAAGAUGACGAAUACUCUGACAUCAUUGUUGAUCAUGAUGAAAACAACAACAACAGUCAAAGCGGGAAAACUGAACACAAACGAAAGCGGAAGUUUCGUAUUCCCUUUGAGAAGCUCAGGAGAGCCGGAUCCAGAGCUCACAGAGAACACCUUGGCGAGCAUGAGAAAGUUCUCAAAGAGGCAAAGGAAAGACAUGCAAUAAAAGAAGUUAAAGAUGCCAUUAUUAAAGAACUAAAAGAAGAAAAAGUAAAGGAGGAGGCCAAACCCCUGGAGAAGAAACUGCCAAAGCCCAAAGAAGAAGAGCCUAUAAAGAAGGAAGAGCCAAAGAAACCAACCAAAGAAGAGAAAGAAGUCAAGAUAACACUCAAAGAGGAGGAAAAAGUCAAGAAACCUCUCAAAGAAAAGAAGGAAGUCAAGAAACCUGUCACAAAAGAGAAAGAAGUCAAGAAACUUGUCAAAAAAGAGAGGGAAGUCAAGAAACCCCUCAAAGAAGAGAAGGAGGUCAAGAAACCUCUCAAAGAAGAGAAAGAAGUCAAGAAACCUCUCAAAGAAGAUAAAGAAGUCAAGAAACCUCUCAAAGAACAGAAAGAAGUCAAGAAACCACCCAAAGAAGAGAAGGAAGUCAAGAAACCUCUCAAGGAAGAAAAAGAAGUCAAGAAGCCUCUCAAAGAAGAGAAAGAAAUCAAGAAACCUCUCAAAGAAGAGAGAGAAGUCAAGAAACCUCUCAAAGAAGAGAGAGAAGUCAAAAAACCACCUAAAGAGGAGAAAGAAGUCAAAAAACCUCUCAAAGAAGAGAAAGAAGUCAAGAAACCACCUAAAGAGGAGAAAGAAGUCAAGAAGACUCUUAAAGAAGAGAAAGUAACAAAGCCUGUAAAAGAAGAACCAGAAAAGAUCUCCAAAGAGAAGAAACAACCAGUCAAGCCUUCUAAAGUGGUGAAAGAGGAGGGAAAACAAGAGAGGCGUUCCAAAGAAAGGGCAGUACCAAAGAAGCCCUCCAAAGAAAAGCAAGAACCAGAGAAACCUUCCAAAGAAAAGAAAGAGGUCAAGGUGAUUCCCAAAGAAGAAAAAGAACUAAAGACAAUCUCCAAGAAAGAACCAACAAAACCCUCUAAAGAAGAGAAAGAAAUCAAGAAGAUUCAAAAAGACAAAGAGCCUGUCAAGAAAAAGGAUACUACGACAGAUGCUGCACCCAAAAAGGCUGCAAGGAGGGUGAGAGUAGUCAAGAAGAAGGUUGCGCCUGUCCUGAAGAGGGAACAUCUGAAUGUUACAAAAGCAGCUGAAGAGCCCAAGAAGGCAGUAAAGGCACUGAAAGCAAAAAAGCAUAUAGUUCCUGACCUGAAAAAGGAACACAUGAAUGUCACAAAAACAGUUGAGGUUCCCAAAAAGAGGAGGGCCGAGCCAGUGUCUCCCAAAAAAGCACCUGUUAUCAAAGCAAAACCUAAAGCUGCUGUAAAGAAGAAAGAAGCUGAGGUUCUCAAGGAGAAGAAGGCCGAGCCGGUGACUCCCAAAAAAGCACCUGUUAUCAAAGCAAAACCUAAAGCUGCUGUAAAGAAGAAAGAGGCUCCUGCAGUUCCUGAGGUGAAAGCCAAACCAGAACCUGCAAAGAAAGAAGCUGAGGUUCCUAAGGAGAAGAAGGCCGAGCCAGUGACUCCCAAAAAAGCACCUGUUAUCAAAGCAAAACCUAAAGCUGCUGUAAAGAAGAAAGAAGCUGAGGUUCUCAAGGAGAAGAAGGCCGAGCCAGUGACUCCCAAAAAAGUAACAGAGGCUCCUGCAGUUCCUAAGGUGAAAGCCAAACCAGAACCUGCAAAGAAAGCAGUGGCAGCUCCCAAGGAGCCCAAGAAGGAACCAAAGGAAAAAGUCAAAGCUGAACCUUUAAAAGCAGACACUGCACUCAAAAAGGCUGCAAGGAGGGUUAGAGUAGUCAAGAAGAAGGUUGUGUCUGUCCUGAAGAAGGAACAUCUUAAUGUUACAAAAGCAGAGGCUCCUGCAGUUCCUAAGGCGAAAGCCAAACCAGAACCUGCAAAGAAAGAGGCUCCUGCAGUUCCUAAGGUGAAAGCCAAACCAGAACCUGCAAAGAAAGAGGCUCCUGCAGUUCCUGAGGUGAAAGCCAAACCAGAACCUGCAAAGAAAGCAGUGGCAGCUCCCAAGGAGCCCAAGAAGGAACCAAAGGAAAAAGUCAAAGCUGAACCUUUAAAAGCAGACGCUGCACCCAAAAAGGCUGCAAGGAGGGUUAGAGUAGUCAAGAAGAAGGUUGUGUCUGCCCUGAAGAAGGAACAUCUUAAUGUUACAAAAGCAGAGGCUCCUGCAGUUCCUGAGGUGAAAGCCAAACCAGAACCUGCAAAGAAAGAGGCUCCUGCAGUUCCUACGGUGAAAGCCAAACCAGAACCUGCAAAGAAAGCAGUGGCAGCUCCCAAGGAGCCCAAGAAGGAACCAAAGGAAAAAGUCAAAGCUGAACCUUUAAAAGCAGAUGCUGCACCCAAAAAGGCUGCAAGGAGGGUUAGAGUAGUCAAGAAGAAGGUUGUGUCUGUCCUGAAGAAGGAACAUCUUAAUGUGACAAAAGCAGAGGCUCCUGCAGUUCCUAAGGUGAAAGCCAAACCAGAACCUGCAAAGAAAGAAGCUGAGGUUCCUAAGGAGAAGAAGGCCGAGCCAGUGACUCCCAAAAAAGCACCUGUUAUCAAAACAAAACCUAAAGCUGCUGUAAAGAAGAAAGAAGCUGAGGUUCCUAAGGAGAAGAAGGCCGAGCCAGUGACUCCCAAAAAAGCACCUGUUAUCAAAGCAAAACCUAAAGCUGCUGUAAAGAAGAAAGAAGCUGAGGUUCUCAAGGAGAAGAAGGCCGAGCCAGUGACUCCCAAAAAAGUAACAGAGGCUCCUGCAGUUCCUAAGGUGAAAGCCAAACCAGAACCUGCAAAGAAAGCAGUGGCAGCUCCCAAGGAGCCCAAGAAGGAACCAAAGGAAAAAGUCAAAGCUGAACCUUUAAAAGCAGACACUGCACUCAAAAAGGCUGCAAGGAGGGUUAGAGUAGUCAAGAAGAAGGUUGUGUCUGUCCUGAAGAAGGAACAUCUUAAUGUUACAAAAGCAGAGGCUCCUGCAGUUCCUAAGGCGAAAGCCAAACCAGAACCUGCAAAGAAAGAGGCUCCUGCAGUUCCUAAGGUGAAAGCCAAACCAGAACCUGCAAAGAAAGAGGCUCCUGCAGUUCCUGAGGUGAAAGCCAAACCAGAACCUGCAAAGAAAGCAGUGGCAGCUCCCAAGGAGCCCAAGAAGGAACCAAAGGAAAAAGUCAAAGCUGAACCUUUAAAAGCAGACGCUGCACCCAAAAAGGCUGCAAGGAGGGUUAGAGUAGUCAAGAAGAAGGUUGUGUCUGCCCUGAAGAAGGAACAUCUUAAUGUUACAAAAGCAGAGGCUCCUGCAGUUCCUGAGGUGAAAGCCAAACCAGAACCUGCAAAGAAAGAGGCUCCUGCAGUUCCUACGGUGAAAGCCAAACCAGAACCUGCAAAGAAAGCAGUGGCAGCUCCCAAGGAGCCCAAGAAGGAACCAAAGGAAAAAGUCAAAGCUGAACCUUUAAAAGCAGAUGCUGCACCCAAAAAGGCUGCAAGGAGGGUUAGAGUAGUCAAGAAGAAGGUUGUGUCUGUCCUGAAGAAGGAACAUCUUAAUGUGACAAAAGCAGAGGCCCCUGCAGUUCCUAAGGUGAAAGCCAAACCAGAACCUGCAAAGAAAGCAGUGGCAGCUCCCAAGGAGCCCAAGAAGGAACCAAAGGAAAAAGUCAAAGCUGAACCUUUAAAAGCAGCUGAAGAACCCAAGAAGGCAGUUAAGGUGAAAGCUGUAAAAAAGCACAAGGAACAUGUGAAUGUUACUAAAGCAGAGCCUGUAACUCCAAAAGAAAAAGUCAAACCAGCACCAAUAAAAAAAGAAGCUGAGGUUCCUAAGGAGAGGAAGGCCGAGCCAGUGACUCCCAAAAAAGAAGCUGAGGUUCCUAAGGAGAAGAAGGCCGAGCCAGUGACUCCCAAAAAAGCACCUGUUAUCAAAGCAAAACCUAAAGCUGCUGUAAAGAAGAAAGAAGCUGAAGUUCCUAAGGAGAAGAAGGCCGAGCCAGUGACUCCACCAAAAGCACCUGUUAUCAAAGCAAAACCUAAAGCUGCUGUAAAGAAGAAAGAAGCUGAGGUUCCUAAGGAGAAGAAGGCCGAGCCAGUGACUCCACCAAAAGAGGCUCCUGCAGUUCCUACGGUGAAAGCCAAACCAGAACCUGCAAAGAAAGCAGUGGCAGCUCCCAAGGAGCCCAAGAAGGAACCAAAGGAAAAAGUCAAAGCUGAACCUUUAAAAGCAGCAGUGGCAGCUCCCAAGGAGCCCAAGAAGGAACCAAAGGAAAAAGUCAAAGCUGAACCUUUAAAAGCAGACGCUGCACCCAAAAAGGCUGCAAGGAGGGUUAGAGUAGUCAAGAAGAAGGUUGUGUCUGUCCUGAAGAAGGAACAUCUUAAUGUUACAAAAGCAGAGGCUCCUGCAGUUCCUAAGGUGAAAGCCAAACCAGAACCUGCAAAGAAAGAGGCUCCUGCAGUUCCUGAGGUGAAAGCCAAACCAGAACCUGCAAAGAAAGAGGCUCCUGCAGUUCCUGAGGUGAAAGCCAAACCAGAACCUGCAAAGAAAGAGCCUGCAACUCCAAAAGAGAAAGUCAAACCUGCACCAACAAUAAAAGAAGCUGAGGUUCCUAAGGAGAAGAAGGCCGAGCCAGUGACUCCACCAAAAGAGGCUCCUGCAGUUCCUGAGGUGAAAGCCAAACCAGAACCUACAAAGAAAGCAGUGGCAGCUCCCAAGGAGCCCAAGAAGGAACCAAAGGAAAAAGUCAAAGCUGAACCUGUAAAAGCAGCAGUGGCAGCUCCCAAGGAGCCCAAGAAGGAACCAAAGGAAAAAGUCAAAGCUGAACCUUUAAAAGCAGACGCUGCACCCAAAAAGGCUGCAAGUAGGGUUAGAGUAGUCAAGAAGAAGGUUGUGUCUGUCCUGAAGAAGGAACAUCUUAAUGUUACAAAAGCAGAGGCUCCUGCAGUUCCUAAGGUGAAAGUCAAACCAGAACCUGCAAAGAAAGAGGCUCCUGCAGUUCCUACGGUGAAAGCCAAACCAGAACCUGCAAAGAAAGAGGCUCCUGCAGUUCCUAAGGUGAAAGCCAAACCAGAACCUGCAAAGAAAGCAGUGGCAGCUCCCAAGGAGCCCAAGAAGGAACCAAAGGAAAAAGUCAAAGCUGAACCUUUAAAAGCAGAAGCGCCAAAGGAAAAGGCCAAAGCAGCUCCUGUUAAGAAAGAAAUUGUUGCUCCUAAAGAAAAGGCCAAACCUUCCGUCUUGAAAAAAGAACAAGAGGCCAGAAACGCCACCCUGGUGAAACACAGAUUCAAAAUAGUGCCCAUGAAAAAAGAAGUCAAGCCUCCAAAGGAGAAAGUCAAACCAGUCGCUGCAAAGAAAGCAGCCGAGAAGCCCAAACCAGCCAAAACAAAGAAAGAAGCUGCUCCAGUCAAGACAAAACCAGCCCCGGUAGUCAAAGAGGCAGAAGUACCGCCCAAAAAUAUCUCAGUAGCAAAGGAGAAGGUGAAACUUGUGCCACUGAAGAAAGUGCCUGUAAUGCCAAAAGAAAAAGUCAAACCAGCGCCACCAAAAAAAGAAGCUGAGGUUCCUAAGGAGAAGAAGGCCGAGCCAGUGACUCCCAAAAAAGCACCUGUUAUCAAAGCAAAACCUAAAGCUGCUGUAAAGAAGAAAGAAGCUGAGGUUCCCAAAGAGAAGAAGGUCGAGCCAGUGACUCCUAAAAAAGCACCUGUUAUCAAAGCAAAACCUAAAGCUGCUGUAAAGAAGAAAGAACCUGAAGCCAAGCCAGUUCUUGCCAAAAAAGCGCCUGAGGUUACCAAAGAGAAGCCAAAACCAGCUCAUGAAAAGAAAGCGUUGCCGAGGAAAAAGGUCAAACCGGUCCAUGUAAAGAAAGAACUGGAGAUUCCUAAAGAAAAGGAAAAACUUGCUGCAGUGAAAAAAGCCAUUUCUAAGGAAAAGACCAAACCAGUCCGUGUGAAGAAAGAGCCUGAGGUCUUAAAAGAAAAGGUCAAACCCACUGCAGCAAAGAAAGAAAAACCAGUUGAGAAGAAGGCUACGAAAGAAGAGAAAACUAAAGAGGACAGAGUUCUUAAAGAGAUACAGGAGACAGCAAAGAAAGAAAGACCUGUUGAGAAGAAAUUUGACAAGGAGGAGAAAGUCAAAGCAGAGCCGUCUGUAUCAGACAGCUUUCAGAUGGAAGAAGAGCUGCCCUACUUCCAGUGUUUCUUUGUGGACGAGGAUGAGGCCCAGUUUCCUUUCUACGCCUUCUCGCCGCUGCAGAUUUGAAGCUUCAGUCUAAAUCCAGUCUGAGGUUUACAAUUUAGUCAAUUUCACUCAUAACGACAAGGUCGCAUCACAGCCCAGUGCUGCUGAAACGCAGCCUACUGUUCACUGGUGGUCCUCAGGAGAAAACCCUGGACAGCAGAGGAUGCUGGGUGAUUUCAUGUGAUGGACCGAUUUGAUUUUGGUUGAGCUCUCGUUCCAAAUACAUGCAGCCAGUGUCAUUCCUUUCCAUUGUUUUUAUUUAUGUAUUUUUUGUGUUUGGUUGUUUUGAAUGGUGGAUAUUGUGAGAGUGAUGGAACAGUGAAGUAUGUUACCUCUGUGGAUCACACAUUUAGAUCCUCACACUAACACAUGCAAAUAAAUAUGACAGUGAUUUUUCUUUUUUCUUCACGAAGGAACAUUUUGUAAACAGGGUACAAAAACAGCCACAAAAGCAGAUUCAAGGUGGACGAGGGUUCAGUCCCCACAUUUACUUGAAAAGUGGUUUGUACAUUACAUAAACUGAAAUGAAUUUUUCUGCACCGUCGUCUGUGCAAUUUUAGCUUUUUCCUUUUUAUUAUUUUAUGCUCAACUUAUCUUGUUUUUAAAGCCCUCGAAUCAACAAUUGGGCAUUUAUAGUUUGUGCGUAAUUCCAUAAUUCUUGAUAUUAUUUCAGUCAUUUUAAUGAAUUUUUUUCUUGUUCUGUGUAUGUCUGUCAAAAGGAAUGACCACGUACUGUACACGAGAGCUCCCAAACAUACGGAAAAAACCUGUAAAGUCUUAUUAAACUACCUAGAUGUGUACCAGCGCUUCAUUUUGACACUGGUGCUAAAUUGUCAGAAUGAGUUUUGAGUAGCAGAUUGACUCAAUAAUUGGACAACAUGUUGGAGAAGUCUUUCUCCAGCUGCUCAGUCUGUUCCAAUUUGAUGCCACCUGAGUUAGCCGAUGAGAGGGCGGGUGUUUUUUUGCACUGUCGUCAAACAAGCUGGAACAUUAAGAGCAGGGCACAUGAGAUGGAUUUCUUUUUGUCAGUCAAAGAGGGAUGUGGAGAACAGCGAUUCCUUGGUAGACCAAAAACACACUGUCACUACCUUUGGUCAGUGUGCACAGCUCAGAAACAUGUUUUAUUUUAGCACAUUUUAUUGUGAACGGGUCGUCACGCGAAAAUCGUUCCAAGUUAAAAGUCUAUUUUAUGUUUUUAACACGUCUAACAUCUCACAUUUUACAUCCCAUUAACUGUGCCAAAACAAACAGGAGUCAUGUUAUAGUAUGAACAUCCUGUGCAUGUGGUGUGCAGUAUGGGUGAUGAUUUCAGAUUGAUUUCAACUCACGUGUUUGAAAUCUCUGAAGAAUGACAGACCAUGAGGACAAGAGAGCUGCAAGAAUCAGCUCGUCUGCAGGUUUAUUUAACAGCCUGCGUGUGGUUGUUAACGUGGUUAUGUUGCAGUUAAGUGUAACGUUGAAAUGAACUUUCAUAAUCUCUGCACCGUGCGCAGAUGGCGUCACGUUUAGGCAGAUGAUCUCAGAUGUAAACUGGUGCAUUAUUUCUCAGCGUGUACCAGCUGUUGUUUACAUAUGGCUUUUUACAUUGUGCUCCAUAUGCUGCUUAGAGGACAGUUAUUACAGCUUGUGGCACUAAUCCUGAGUUUAAUCUAAAGUAAAUCCACUUAUCUUUUUUUUAUUAGAAUAAUAGAGACACUAUCAGUCCAUUGAUGGUGCAUCAGACCCAAAACUGCUCAGGCUCCGGUAGCUGUACUGUGACAGCCGCAGUUUUAUGGUGACGCUCCACUAUCCCUGAUGUUUUGUUCCCAUUGUCUUUUUGGACUUUUGUAAAGAAAACAUUUUGAUUCAUGGUGACAAAAGAUGAGAAUUUGCUUCAGUCGAAUUUACAGAAUCACAUCUAGAGACUCACUUGAACCACGUAAAGGUGCAAUACGUACAUUUUUAAAUAUCUCAGUGAUCACAGCACUGUAUGUUUGUCUCAUAGUCCUUGAAUGAAAUGUGCAUGAUGUGUGUUUUUGUUUUAAGCUCACAAAUGUUUCUUAAUAUUUUUUUUCCCAACUUUGAGAAUGGCAACACUCAAUACUUGCACUUACGAAUCAUUUGAUACCAAUAACAGACACUUGUCUCCAAGUGUUGUCUCUAACAAGUACCUAACGAGUCAUACUAAUCAAUAAUCUCAUUGUAAAUAGUUAAAUAAAUAUAAGUUUUAUCCCCCUCUCAUUACUACUGAAACUGCUCUUUAAUAGCAGUUAAAACCACAUUAUGUAUUAUUUGUCACUUACAUCUUCCUCAUGCUUGUGAAUAGUAGCAAUUUGACAUUAAAACACAGCAAUGCAAGA